GUGAAGGGAGGAGGGACGGACGGAUAUCGCUUCGUUGACGCCUAAAAUAAUUAUUUCAUGGUGUUUUGUGAUAAAAUCCAUAUAUGCGGAAUAAAUUUAGUGAAUUUAUUAAAUACUUCGACUGUGUUCGUGUGUAAAUGUGUAAUUAGGUGGCUUAUUCGUUAAUCUCCACUGAUUACAUUCCGACCGCUCCCUCGCGCAAAGUACGUCAGACGUUAAGUAUUUUUCGUACUGUUUGUACUACUUGCGAUAGUAGGCCGUAAUAGUAAAAGCUGUUGGAAAGUGCAUUUGUACGGGAAAUUGUCGGUGUAAAAAACUAUCUCACGUUCCAUUUAUCUGAAAGCGCUAUGAGUUGAUCGUUUAAGUUUGUGAGAUAUUGUCGUUUGUGGCCAUUUUUCGGUACAUUUGUAGGUGAAUCUUCGAACAGUGAUGGCGUUAAGUCGACAGAGACACUAGGGAAGGCUGGACCGACAUGAUAGCAGCAUCAGCAGCGCAAUGGACGGCGUAAAGAAAAUACAUUCGGGGACAUUGUACCGGAACGGGCCGGUGGAGGGCGCGUACGGUCCGCAGCACAGUCCCGUGUCGCGCUCGGACGCGUCCACGGAGGACGCGGAGCUGUCCGCCGCGCUCGCGCACCAGCACCACCUCGCCAUGCAGGCCGGCGAUUACCAGGUCGGCGCGGGCGUCGAUCCCGACUAUGGCCAGUACGUGUCCUCCCCGGGCGCGCACUACAACCACAUGGGACACCUGACCAUGGCGCCCUCGCAGAAGUACCCACAUGUGAUGGAUUCAGUAUCCGUAUCCGGUGGGGGUACGUACGGAGCGACGGGCGGCCAUUACGGAACGUAUGGCCACUACGGAGCCACGACAUACCCAGCACAGCCGGCGUAUAUGGUUGAGCCGCCGCCGAACGUCCCGCAGUACAUAGGCCAGGAAUAUGUAGAAGGUGGUGGUAGUGCGUCUCCCCGAAGCGCUUCGCCCGGCGCUUUGCCCCCUCAACACAAUUUGCACUUACAACAAAGGUACGACUCAGCGUCGCUAGAACAAAUCGGCCGCCAUUAUUGUGUCACGUCACCGCGCGGCGAGUACGCGGCCGACGCGUACGGCUACCAGCACUACCCCACCGCCUACGACCCGAACCCGCACCAGCCGCCGCAGUUCAAAGAUUCGCAGAAUGGAUUAAGUUUAGGCAGUGCAGGUGGUCAAUCAAUGUAUGGUGAUGAAGAGGAAUUGCAGAAACAAAUGGCCAACAUGGCGCUAGUUCACGGCGGCGUCGGUCGCGAAGACGGCGGCGGUUUACAAUGGCGGGAUCCCAACCUUCCAGAAGUCAUCGGCUUCCUAAACUCACCCUCUGAUGUCGUCAAAGCAAACGCGGCCGCGUAUCUCCAACAUCUCACGUAUAUGGACGACCCUAACAAACAGAAGACUAGGAGUUUAGGCGGAAUCCCACCAUUAGUCCGGCUAGUGUCCCACGAGAACCCCGAAGUGUGUCGCAACGCGUGCGGAGCCCUAAGAAACCUGUCCUACGGCCGGCAAAAUGACGAGAAUAAGCGAGCUAUAAGGGACGCAGGCGGCAUUCCCGCGCUCAUGGCGUUGUUAUGCCGAGCAACAGACAUGGAGGUGAAAGAACUGGUGACCGGUGUAAUAUGGAACAUGUCGUCGUGCGAAGACCUCAAGCAGUCGAUUAUAGACGACGCGGCGCAAGUCAUCGUCAACAAAGUGAUCAUUCCACAUUCCGGCUGGCAUCCAACCAACCCUGGUGAUACUUAUUGGUCCACAGUAUUCCGGAACGCAUCCGGCGUCCUCCGUAACGUGUCGUCGGCGGGCGAGUACGCGCGGCGCCGGCUCCGCUGCCUCGGCGGUCUGGCCGAGGCCUUACUGCACGCCGUGCGAGCCGCCAUACAGUGCAACGCCAUCGGCACCAAGAUCGUCGAGAACUGCGUCUGCGUGCUGCGGAACCUGUCCUACAGAUGUCAAGAAAUAGAAGAUCCCCUAUACGAUACUAGAGCACCACCUACCCAAUCCUCUGGCCAAGCGAGGAUACAAGCUAGCGCUUCCAAAGGAGAGAAUCUAGGCUGUUUCGGCGGCAGUAAAAAGAAGAAGGAAGGCUCAUCGUCGUCCAACUCCACCAGCCCGCUCGGCAAGAGCGACCCCGACCACCAACCCCUGGGAGACACCAGCUCGAACACCCAGCUCGGGUACAGCGUACCCAAGGGCACUGAAAUGCUCUGGUCACCUGAGGUGGUGCCACUAUACAUGGCGCUGCUGCAGACGUGUUCGAACCCGGAGACGCUUGAGGCUGCUGCAGGCGCGCUGCAGAACCUCGCGGCCUGCUACUGGCAGCCUUCUAUUGACAUUCGGGCGGCUGUGAGGAAAGAAAAGGGUCUGCCCAUACUAGUUGAACUGCUUCGAAUGGAAGUAGACCGCGUCGUAUGCGCGGUGGCCACAGCAUUGCGGAACUUGGCGAUCGACCAACGCAACAAGGAGCUCAUCGGGAAAUACGCCAUGCGGGACCUUGUGCAGAAACUACCUAGCGGGAACCAACAACAUGACCAGCAGGGCACAUCAGACGACACGAUCGCGGCCGUCCUGGCCACACUAAACGAAGUGAUCAAGAAGAGCGGCGAGUUCAGCCGUUCGUUAUUAGAGGCCGGCGGUGUAGAGCGCCUCCUCAAUCUCACCAAGCAGCGCCAUCGGCAUACGCCGAGAGUGCUCAAGUUUGCAGGGCAAGUGCUGCAGACGAUGUGGUCGCACGCGGAGCUGCGCGAGGUGUACCGCAAGCACGGCUGGCGCGAGGCCGACUUCCUCACGCCCGCGCGCGCCGCGCAGCCGCGCGCCAGCUCCAACACCUCCGGUGGCGGCACCCCGGUGGGCGGCGCGCCGCACUCGCCCAGCAACGCCAACAGCACGCUCAGCCGGCCCAUGGCCAGUACCGGCGGCACGCGGUACGAGGACCGCACCAUACGGAGGCACAGAGAGAACGAUGACGCCCCAACGAUGGACGUGAACAACUACCAAGACGGUCUCGGCAUGGGCAACCCCAACGGCCGGCCGAUGAACCUCCAGGGCGUGCAAGCUUCCAUGCCCAUGCCGCCCAGCAGUCGCUAGUGCGCUCAAGAGAGAUCGUGGGGGUAACUUGCUUGUCCCACUCUAAAAUCAACCUUAAUGUAGGGUGGUAAAGUUUAGUGUGGCGGUUAGUGUAACGGGGAGUCGAACAUUUGCGGUACUUGGGAAUUAUAGAAACUUAAUAGCCUCGGCGGCCGGCUCAUGACCCUCUAACGCCCACUUGCACCAUCCCUCUAACCCGGGGUUAAGCGGUUAAACCGUUAACCUAGUGUCAAAUUGUAUGGGUAACCAUAGCAACCCCCUUUUUUUUUUAAGAGGGGAAAUGCUUUACGCAUACCACCCCGGCGCGGGGACGGGCCGGGAUGGUUAUGUGGGACUCCCUGUUGUGGGCUAAUGAGACCCCAGGUUUACCCAUUAAAACCCCUUUGUUGCUGCCUCGCUGCUAUACGGCGAGGUCCCAGGAACGCCGAAGUACUCUUCCGCAACCUCGCCACAACCAUAGCAACCCCUGGUUUAACCGGUUAACCCCGGGUGCAAGUGGGCCUAAGGCGUGCAGGUGUCCAUGCCCAUGCCGCCCAGCAGUCGCUAUUGCGCUCAAGGCAGAACGUUGGGGUAACUUGAGGGCCACACUCUGAUAUCAACCUUAAUGUAGGGUGGUAAAGUUUAAUGUGGCGGUUAGUGUAACGGGGAGUCGAGUAGAAAGUAUUUGGGAGUUAUAGACAUUGACGUAUAAUACCUAAGGAAACUUACGGGCACUAAAAAUGAUGCUAGUUCAGCGGUGUUACUCACGAAUUUCAGCCAAUCGUGCAGUCUAACGCAACUAGUUGCGACCAAUAGCGCGCGUGAUGCGAACUCGUCAACCAAUCGCGUUGUAGCGGUGUCACACCGCUGUACUGGCCCCUGUCAUGCCUCAUUAUUAUUGCCCGCAAAGCCAGUCCCUAGAUCUAUGUCAAUGGUUAUAGACGAAUGAAUAAUAAAUUAUAAAUAUUAUAAUAGACGCUUGAAUGGGCAACCCCAACAGCCGGGCGAAGAACCUCCAAGGCGUGUAAGCUUCGAUGCGUAUGCCGCCGACCAGUCGCUAAUGCGCUCAACACAGACCGUGGUUUGCUUUCACACUAAAAUGAGCCUUCGUGCAUGGUAGUAAAGUUUAUAUUCUGAACCCAACUGUACAUGUAUGGUCGACUCCCCUUGCACAAGUUACAAUUUCUGUUCUCGCCAAUAUCUAACAGUAUUCGAACGUAAACUUUAAGUAUAAAUGUAGUGCCAUUUAAUAAAAAUACAAAUCUUUGUUGCAGCGGUUUAUUCAAGUUAUUCUCACGAUCUUUACAGAAUUGUAAUUUAUAUUACAUAUGAAAGUAUCUUGCACAAGCAUUUAUUAUAAUUAUUAUAAAUGCAUUGAAUAUAUGUAGUGUUUCGCCUAUAUGACCGUUUUGUUCUGUUUUUUUUUUAAAUUUUUAAUCACCGAACGUGCAAUGACGCAUGAUUUUACGAUUAAUCAAUAAAAUGAACCGUUGAAAUAAUUUCUAAUAUGACAAGCAAAAGUCACUAACUAACACCAUUGAAAUUAUUGUACAAUAAACUGUGUUACAAGUGUAAUAAAGUGCAUUGUUACUUUAAUUUUUUGAUAGUACUUAGUGACUUUUGCUUGUCACCCGAUGAUAUAUUAUACCACCGUACGUUAUCGGAAUCACAAUUCAUUUUAUUGAUAUACGUAAAAUCAUUUAAAUCAUGGAAAUGUCAGAAAAUAUGAAUAUUAUGUAAAUUACGUUUUAAAAGUCGCUUAAAGACAAACAGGUAGUAUUUAGGCACUGUUUUAUUUGCGAUAACAACUUAGAAUAAUAAUGCCUAGAAAUAAAUAAUGGCAACCGAAGUGAAGUUGAUUUUUUACUAUGACCAGGUUGUAUGAAGACCUGGUCAUACAUAGUAAAAAUCCAACUGUACAGUAACAGUAACUUGUACAGUCGUCUUCAGUGUAUAUAGGAACGGCCAAGGUGUCCAAAUAUAUUUGAACAUGGCCUUUAACGUCUUGAUAAUAGAGGUGCUUUGUUCAGAUAUUUGGGAACAACUUGGCUGCUCCGAUAUAUCUGAUGGCGAAUGUAUACCGCUCAGAAUGUGUUGGAGUCUUAUUUAUAUUCUGUAUCUUUAGGUAUUUAAAUAAAACUAAACAAAAUCUACCCUCAAAUGGCUCCUUAAGCCAGUUGAGAGUGAUGAAAACAUUACAUGAUCAAAUAAUGUAGGUUAAAGUCAGGUCGUUCAGUGACUGAACCAGGCGGUUUUGUAUUUGGUUGGUUAACCAAUAAAUGUUAUACCUACCCGAAAAUGUACAAAUUAUUUGGAUACUUUUAUUUAAAUACCUAAAGAUACAGAUUAUACACUUCACCUUCUAACAGGAUGCUAUUGGACUAGGUUUCUAGCUGUUAUUAUUCUAAGCACUUAAUUCAUGAUGGCCUAAGUAAGAUAGCGCCGUUUUUUAUGAGAUCAUGUCAAUUCCCCAUGUAUAUAGUCGUGCCAUUGGAUGUUGUGUAACCUCAGGGUUUCCAGGUAGCUGUUGUGUUUUUUCUAUUGGGGCCGUGUACGGACUAGAUAUAAGUCCUUUCAACAGGUUAGGUAAGACUUAUUUUAAAGGCGGAUAUUUAUAUAUAAAUAACGAGUUUAAUAUUGGAGUAUGAAUUGCUGUUCCUACUUUGUGUUGUUUUUAGAGAUUUUUUUUCCUAGUAUGAUUUUUAUUUAAGAAAUAAAACCUGGCAGCUGUAGGCACCUCGUUUAUGCAGCUUCAAAACUUAAAUAUUAGACAAAAUAGUAAUUCACAUUUCAAUGUUAAACGCGUAUUAUAAACUCCUUAUAUAAAUUUAAUAUACGUAAACGUAUGAACAUUAUACAACAAACAUUUAAUAAUUACCAUAGACAAAUAAAUACUAAGAAGCGGAAUGUACUGCAAAAGAUUGGGUCAUUGCUAGCGCUUGACAACCGCAUAAUGUACGAUAUCGUACAGCGCCCUCUACUGUCUAAUUUGCGACUACAAAUACUUUACGCGUCUUAGUAUUUUAUCUAUGUUUUACUAAAAAAUAUUGACAUCUAAAUUCGGUCACGUCCACCUUACUUACACCGUGACUAAUUAAUAGGUUUUUUGUAAUAUUUUGUAUUCAUUCCACAACCUAAGAAUAAUUGUAAUAUAGGUGUCUAAUGUCCCAUGGUAUACUUAAGGAUUAUCCGUCUUAACGUAGCGAUAUAGGCGUACGGUGUCAUGUAAGCUUCGAAAUAAAUUGGUAGCCUGAUUUUAACCGAAGAAUUGUAAAGACUUAAACUGUUAUAGAAAAACUUUAUUUAUUAGAUAUUUCAAGUGCUAAUCGUAUCUUAUCGUAUUGUGUAUGUGUUCGGGGGCCCUUGGCAUGAUCGAGCUCAUGGGUAGCGUAAAGUCCUUUGGUUCCAGAUAUCCUGCUCCAAAGUCCUUCAUUUGUCUGGCGAGGGCGUGACAUUCACACAUUAGGUGUUUUACUGUAUCUUCCUCUUCGCCACACAUACGACAAUCGGUGUUGUCAGAGUGUCCCAUCUUGGCCAGAAUGCCUUUGACCCCGUAAUGGCCAGUAAACAUCCCUGUUAUGAUUUGGAGUUGUCUUUUGCUAAGUUUCCAAAGCUUUUUAGAAACUUAGCAAAAGACAAUCGUAUGCUAUAUGUAGUAUGAAUUAUCUGAGAUGAUAUUUUCGACUCUGGCCCUAAUCUGUUAAACAAAAGGUAUUGUUUCCUUUAUGCAGUGAGUACUUCUGCUACUGCUAAAAACGCCGUCGAGGAGCAUAGCUGAAGAAACAUUAGGGGUGUUAAGUCAGCAAUGUUAACACUUGAGUCACUACAAAAUGUAUUGAAUGAUAUCAGAGCCAUCUAGUGAAGCUAUUCAGAUGUAACUUCUUAUUUAGUUUAUCGUUGUUUAUAGUCGAUAGUCGGGGCACAAAGUUUUUCUAUAACAUUGUUAGGUUAUGGCAAGUUUAGUUCAAAUAAUACUAAUUCGCUGCGGAACAUUCCGAUACUCUUACUAUUCUAAGAUUGAUAAGGGAUUAAAAAACAAUCUUCCGUAGUCGUAUCUUGCCGAGUAGGUAGUAAUCGGAAUGCUAGCAGUAACCACCAAUCCUAAGCUCUCCAUUAUUAUGACAAUUUAAAAUAAUAUAAAUUUCAAUUUAUUUUGAUAUGAAUAGUUAAUUUUAAUGCGUUCGAAGCAUUCGCGACUGGGUCACUCCUCUUAGCGUCUCCCGAGCGUCGGCGUCUAGUCAACUCUAUGGCUGCUCGACGCAACGCAACGUUGGCGCAUAUGCGCAGCGACGCCAUAUUCCAUAGCGCUGACUAGAGGCUGACGGUCAAAAGACGCUAGUGUGGGGUGGUCUUUGGGCGAGCUUCUCUUAGUAAUUUCGAGAGAAAAUGCUUUAAAACUGUUUCGGUUGACUUCCCUCCGUCUAUGGUGUUAGUUUUAUCUAUAUAGCAUUUAACUAUUUAUUUUUCAUUAUACUAGGAUUAUUUUAGUUAAUCAUAGGCCAUAAAUUUAAGAGAUUUUUGUGAGAACUUUUUUCUUUUUCUAUAAAAAAUAACAUAUUUGCACAAUAAUGCAUUUCUACGUCUUCUGAGACAACCACAUGACUGACUGGUACAAAACUACCCUCAUCCAGUGCAUUAUAUGUUUUAAGUACCCAUGUAUGUAAGUGUUUUUGUAUAUUUUUAUUAUAAAUGUAAGUGAAUGUACAACGUUUCUUUUUCAUCAUUACAAUACACUUGCCAGGGCAACAUAGCUUCUAUGAAGCUUGAUUUAUGAUAAUUUCUACUUUUUAUAGUUUCUUUCUAACUAGAUUGUAAGGAUAAAUAUUUAAUCGACAAGAUAUUUCAUUUAAUUUUGAUGGUAUUUAGUUUUAAGGGCAUUGUCCAAUUUUAUAUUAUUUAAAAUGUGCCCUAACUUUUUAUAACUUAUAUCAAAAUGUCACUAAUCUAUAUUUGACAUAAUGGCGGCAUGGUUAAAUCGUAACGUAAUUUUAGGUUAUCUCAGACAGCUUCCAUUGUAGAUAUCAUUGAAGAUGAUUUAUAAUUUUAAUGGAAUAAUGUAUACUUGGAAUAAACCACCCUAAGUAGGGCUUGUUGUAUAGAUCACUUUAAUUUUUUUAAUUAGGUUCCCAGCUGUAGAAGAUUAGUUCUUGUUAUCACUUUCACUUUGCAGAAGAUCUCUAUAAAUUUAUAGUAUUUUUAGGUCAUUGUAGAGUCACCUUUAGAACUUUGCAAGCGGAUUUAUGAGGGCAAAUGUUGGCUAUACCCUAACCAUUUUGACUUUACCGCAUCAAGAAAUAUCCGCGCGCACAGAUUCUAAUGGAGUUCUAUGUAGUGUUACACCACGAAGAAAAAUAUAUUAAAAUGUCUAUGGUCAACCAUAGAUAUAGAGUUGUUGGAACAGUAAUACUCGAUUAUUUAUAUUUUAUUUAAAAUUUUAUAUUGAAAAUUAUUUAAAGAGUGCAGACUUCGUUUGUCGUUGCGACGUAGCUGAUAGUGAAUGAUAGUUUCUCUUUUGUCAUGUUGUACGUAGAUUUUAAUAGAAAAUAUUUGUCUUAUAUAAAGAUACAUUAUGAUUGAAAAUAAUUAUUAUAUUAUACACAAUUCACAGAGAAUUAAAUGAAUGAUUUUUUA